AGCAAGUCGCACCGAGUGCGGCGACUGCGUUUACAACAACGGACCGCUGGCAAGGUGCAUCGUUAGGAAUUCAUCAUUUCGACGAGUGCAGCUUGCAGCUCAGUCGAGCUCACCACGCUGCUGACGAUAAUCAUGUCAUCACCAUCGCGACCGAGGCCGAGCACGGCGUUGGCUCCAAUGGCGAUGUCCCGGACACGGACGGUCUUCGUGUCGGACGGUUCCACCUCAACGACGACGACGGCGGUGUCGGCAGGCCCGUGUCUCCCGGGAACGCGAGCAGUUUCCACGCCCGGUCCGAUGUCCUUCGGGCAAACAUUCCGACCCAUCCGGACGUUAAUGUUGAUUAUUUUAAAACCAAUCCCCGAACGGUUGAUGAAAUUUCGUCCAGCAAUUCGGGUGACGCACGGCAACACAAACAUUCACCAGCGCCGCGCCAGGACGACCAAGGCGACCUGCGUCCCGUGGGGUCCGAAAAUAGACCGGCGGCUUUUUCCGACCCACUCCCGUCCGCUGUCCCGCGGGUGCUUAGUUUCACCGAUGGCGAGUAUAUUUUUGGCCCGUUCGACGAGCGUACCAUGGAAUUCGAACGAUUUGAAUUUUUGAACACCGAAUUGGCCGCACCACUGGUGGCCUCUGGCCGAUCCACCUGCUCGCCGACGGCGGUCGAGGACCAACACCGGCCGAAAUUAUCACCCCCAGCAACGCCAGAAACCGUCCGUGCCGAUGAUGAACCGACGCCGAUUGCAUUGCACCCUACCCUCGACGGCGAUAACGAUGGGUAUGGCCGAUGGGCACGGUUCGAGAAUGGGAAUGUAAGUCCACCGCCCGUGGCGCACCCGGAACCCCCGGAAGCGGAACCGGGCGAAACGGAUCGCUCGAAGCGCUUGACGCGUGGCGAAGAAAUUGAGGAAAUUUUUCAACAACUCAACCGAACGUUGAAGGAAAAUGUAGCAACGCAAGUGCCGGUGCAACUGGAUGCACCCGGCGGCAGUGGAGUCCUGCACACCACCCCGACGGCCAUCGUUGGUCAGCUGGUCGAGAACGUUCCGGUGAUCGAGAGCAUAUUGGACGAUUUGUUGACCUUCUCGAAGCAGCUGCUCGAACGGGCGCAAACGCGUCACGCGGCGUCCACGGGCACGGUGACAGCAACGACGCAGGAUGUGGUCCCGGUCACGGACCGAUCGGCCGCGGGCCGUAAGUCGCCGUCGCUAACGGAGAUAAAUGAUGAUGAUUUAAUUAAUUUAUUAGCCGACGGCGAUGACACGCACACCGCGGCCACUGACCGCGGCCACCAAGAUGCCGUCGAUAAGUCGCGUAAUGGUUCGGGCACUCCGGACGUCCACCGGACGAGUGAGUCACCGUGCGCCUCCAUCGGCGCGGUGCAAGGCGGUGAAGGAAAAUCGACAGCGGCCAGCGAACGGAACGGCAAUCAAUCGAGUACCGGCACCGAAGCACGUCCUCACGAAGACAUUUUUACCAACGUGGCCAUCUUCAACUGGAACCCGCUGGACGCCUACCAACACCACGGCCUGUUCAUGAUCGAUCCGCGCCUGGCGCUAGCGGACAUGCGAGCGGACAUUUCUCCGUCGCCGGUGCCCGGUGUCAUCGGUCCGCCACCGGUUCCACCGGCACCACUUACCCCGGUGCCAGAGGAAACGGACGGUACCGGACAGGACAGUGUUAAUGACAGCCGCCCAGUCAACCGCCACCGUCAGCCACCAGGCGCCUCCAUCGACGACGGUGAUUCGAUGAAAAAUGACAACCCGAGCAACGAUGAUGGUAUUAAUAAUUCCCCCAUCAUCACCAACGUGCCGCCGCCGCCACUGGUCACCGGUGGUCGACAAAAUGUUAAUCACCCUGGUGGACUCCGUCAACAGUCGCCGUCGUUCGAAGGCGACGAUCCUCAUCGCGGAGGUGAUAGUGGAGCGCGGAAGAUUGUGCAAAUGAAUCAGGUGUUACAUUGCUAUGAUUCGUGCCACGUCCGCUAUCCAGUGACCGAAAGCACGACCCCCGAAGGCCAGCCAGACAACGAACCACACGAAGGACUGAAGCGCGUUGCCUGGCCACCGCCGGCUGAGGGUGGAGAGUACGAAGUACAUCCAUCACAGCAGAAACAAGCUGUAGGUCAGCAAAUCCCUCUGCAGCAGCAGCAGCAGCCGCCACAGCAGUUCUAUCACCAACCGGUCCCUCAGCAGCAGCAGCAGCAGCAGCAGCAACAUCUACCACAUCCAACUUAUCAGCCAUCCAACGUACACCAGCAGCACCAGCAGCAGCAGCCCCCGCACCGGCCGGUCGAGAGAAUUAUACCCAUCCAGCGGGCUACUUCGAUUCAGUCUCCGAUCAAAUCGCCCGUUAACCAGCCCAAGUAUCCGGCGUAUCCUCAGCAGCAGCACGCCGCACCCAACCGUGGUGGUUCCUCCACCGUGUCCUUCAGCGGUGGCCGGGCGGUUCCACCGAACCAAUCGCAGCCGCGCGUUACAAUCGGUUACGGCGGUAGUCCGUCUCCGCGAUCGCCGGGAAUUCCGGUGGGAUCCCCGCGCUCGCCGGGCACCACACUGGGCGGUAGUCCGCGUGGUUGGUCCCACGUGGCCUCACCGGUACCGACGUACCGCCCGUCACCGCAGCCGACCUACUCUUCACCGGUGCAGCCACCGUUCUAUCAACAGACUCGGCCGGCUCAGUACCAGCAACCUCAUCAGCAGCAGCAGCAACCUCAGCAGCAGGGCUACCAAGUGUUCGUACCGCCGCCACUCGUAGCCCAGCCGGUCCAGAUUGGGCCCCACGGUGGUGCGGCUCCCUGGUACGGAGCGAGAAAGCCCGAAGAUCAACAGCAACCGCUCGCCCCACAAUAUCAGCAUCUGCUCCAGCAGCAGCACACAUACCAACCGCAGCCCACUGAAGCCUUCCAACCGCUGACGGGCCAGCAGCAGCAACAGCCACCGACACCAUCUGCAAGGACGUACCAACCGAUACAGCCACCGCAGCAGCAGCAGCAGCAGUUACCGCCGACACUGGUCACCACACUACGCAAAGAGCCACCAAUGUCUCAAGAGCCAGCUCCCGUCUAUCAGACGCAACCGGUUGCUGCUAUUUAUCAAGGAGGUAGCAAUAUGCGCGGAGAUCAGAAGUGGCCCCCGGAGGAGUACAAGCGUCAAUCGGAAGUGGACAACGAAGAACGUCGCCGGCUCGCCCAAGAGCCGGCCUUCCGUCCACGUCGCCAGCAGAAGGACUAUGCGGGCUUUUUCGCCAAGAAUGCACUGAACAACACGUACCCAGGCUAUCGGGCACCGCCGGGAACGCAGCAUCACGCUUAAGCCAGUGGCCGGUCGGUUUUACAGGUGACAUAAAUUGGUACAAAAUUUACAAAACAAAAUCAAACGCAGCCAAUCGUUUUUGGAGCCAAACGUUCGACGCACACACACACACCGGUGUAUGCUGGUUUUAGGCCAGUUUUAGGCUGUCAGGCACCGGACAAGCACGCACAGAUGAACGAAGUAAAAGCAAACUCACACAACACUACAAAACGCCGUAUCUUUAGAACGAACAGAAACCGUAAGAGAACCAUGUUCAAGUAGCGAUAGGCCAUUAUAGGUAAGAUUUGCGAGCGAUCUGACCAGCUGGGCGAAGUGCUCAGCUGAAGGGACUAAAAUUAAACAAAAAGCGAAGGGCAGCAGAAAGGUGCGAUUAACUUAUUUGGUGUGAGCCACUGUUUAGGAGCUAAAUUUCAAAAGCAUAAAAACACUAGGUUCUAUAGCGAAGCUCUUUAACCACGCUUCAGCAAACGCGCUUACCAGGGUAACUCCGGAAGAGUGGCCAACGAAAAAAAAAACACACAGACCACAACAACAAUGAUGCGACUCGAGAAUGGGCGCGUCCGCUGUGCGUUCGCGCUAGUGUUUCUCCUUCUAAUCCUGUGCUUCCUGCUAUCGGUCGCGAUGUGUGUGGUAAUAUGGUACAUGUAUCAACCGUGAAAUUACCACCGCCUACGGGUGCAUCCGCUUUUCCCUCCUUUCGUACGCCAGCACAGGGCAUUAAUUUGUACUUUACUCUCUCUUUCUUUGGCUCCCGGCCCGACCCGAUGGCUUCCAGUUGCGGCGGGCCACGCUUUACACAAAGCCUUGAGCGCUUAACGCUUGUUGUGAUGUUUAAAACCAGAAACCUAUAUUGUUUAAACCAAAUAAAGGCUUAUUCACUAUCGUGAUUGAUAGCACACAAAGGCCGCGAGGGGCACUAUUCAUUCGGGCAGAAGAAAGAACAUUCGGCAACGUCCGGCGGCAGCAGCAGCAGGUGGAUGCAACAGCUCAUUAAAACUCCACCACGUGGCUCCGACAAAACGUUUCGCGUUAAAAGCAAUUAUUUAUUAAAAUAUUAAAUUAAAACAAAAAGGAAACACAAUUGGUCGAGUA